UGUAUCCACCCUGGCUGCGGUCGUCGAUUCGCGCGUCUCUUCAACCUUCACACACACGAGCGGACCCACGACCCUUGCCAGGUCCGUCCAUUUGUCUGUCCCGCUCUCCAUUGUACCAAAGCGUUCUCUCGCAAGCACGAUCUCCAGCGCCACGAGGCGUCGGUCCACAAGGGAGAGCGCAAUUACAAAUGCCCGACAUGCUUCAAGCCCUUCUCGCGCCAGGACGGCCUCCGCCGCCAC